CCGGACAUUGGCCCGUCCACAGCGACAAGGGGCUGGCUGCAUCCUGUGCCACCUGCCAUCAUCACAGCACACCAUGUCUCUGCUGGCCCGCACGCGGCUUCCGUCACCGUUGCUGAAUGCCACUGCCCACGCGCGCCUGCUGGGCCAGCAAGGACGGCGAGGGCUGGCCUCUGCCGCACCUGACCGGCGUGUCAAGAUCGUCGACGUCUCCCCACGUGAUGGCCUGCAGAACGAGCGUGGGGGCAUGGUCGCGACGGCGACCAAGAUUGAGCUGAUUCGGCGCCUGCAGGACGAGGCAGGGGUGCGCUGCAUCGAGGCGGGCGCCUUUGUCAGCCCCAAGUGGGUGCCGCAGAUGGGCGACACGCCCGACGUGCUGGCAGGCAUGCCCACACGCGCCGGCGUCACCUACCCCUUCCUGGUGCCUAAUGCCAAGGGGCUCGAGACGCUGCUCCGACUGCAGGGCGAUAUGGAGGCGGCAGGCACGGCGAAAAAGACCGACGAGAUCGCCAUCUUCACCGCAGCAUCCGAGGGCUUCUGCAGGGCCAACACCAACUGCUCCAUCGACGAGUCCCUCGACAGGCUCGCAGGCGUCGCGUCCAAGGCCGCCGAGGCUGGCCUGCGUGUACGCGGCUACGUCAGCGUAGUGGCCCACUGCCCCUAUGAAGGGAGAGUGGACCCCAGACGGGCCGCCGACGUGUCGCGCAAGCUCCUCGAGAUGGGCUGCUACGAGGUCUCGCUCGGCGACACCGUCGGUGCGGCCAGCCCGUCAGAGAUGCUGGCCGUGCUCAACGAGUGCACCCGCUUUGCACGACCCGAGCAGCUCGCUGCACACUGCCAUGACACCAUGGGCUCGGGCCUGAGCAACGUCCUGGCCAUGGUCAAGGCCGGCGUGCGCACCGUGGACAGCGCCGUCGGCGGCCUCGGCGGCUGCCCCUACUCGCCCGGUGCGACGGGCAACAUCGACACCGAGUCCGUCGUGUAUGCGCUCCAGCGCGAGGGCUACGAGACCGGCGUCGACCUCGAGGCGGCGGCCAAGAUUGGCCAGUGGAUCAACGAGGCGCUGGGAAAGGCAAACGGGAGCAGCGCAGGGCGGGCUAUCCUGGCGCGGCUGGCCAUGGCUCAAACCAAGGGCAAGGGCGAGGGGAAUGAUCAGAGGGAGAGCAGACUGUAAAAAACCUGAAAAAACUGUCAUUGUUGAUGCUAUUCCUGCGAUGGCGCAGCGCGAGCGUUCUUCACUCUCUACGCGUUAUCCUUCAAGUAUCCAUUGACGCAGGCCACCAAUGCUUGAAGCAGCAACUUUCACCAGCCAAGCGAUCUCGCUCUGACUUGAGUUUUUUUUUCUCGCGCCUGUUGACGGUGCGGCUAUAGACGCGCUAGAAGAUUGACCGGUCCAAGCUCCGGCCG